UUCAGCGGGUACAGGAGCAUUGCCAAGAUGUUCUCCGAGGCCUUUUUAGCCUUUCUGCUCUACUCAGCUGUGGUUCCCCUCCUUGCUCAAAAUGAUGUCGACCUAACUCGUGUCCCAUCUACCUGUGAAGAUAAAACUGAUUGCCCAAUCAAUGUGUACUUUGUGGUUGACACCUCGGAGAGUGUCGCUCUGCAGACAAUGCCCAUCCAGAGUCUGGUGGAUCACAUCAAGCAGUUUAUCCCCGAAUUCAUCACUAGGCUAGAGAAUGAACUUUACCAGAGCCAAGUGUCAAUCACCUGGCAAUUCGGGGGACUUCACUUUUCCGAUGUGGUGAAGAUUUACAGCGAAUUCACCAACGACAAGCGACGCUACUUAACCCAGCUGGAGAACAUUCAGUACAUUGGCAGAGGCACUUUUACGGAUUGUGCCAUCUCUAACAUGACGGAACAGAUACUUACCAAGGCGGCUCAGGGAGUGAAUUACGCGGUUGUGAUCACCGACGGUCAUGUGACGGGCAGUCCCUGUGGAGGGAUGAAGAUGCAGGCCGAAAGAGCGCGAGACGCAGGGAUCAAGCUUUUUGCGGUGGCCCCGAGUCAGAAUAUCUACGAAACCGGACUCCGAGAGAUCGCCAACUCCCCACAUGAACUUUACCGUAACAACUACGCCACCACAAAGAAAGAUUCCAUCGAAGUCGAUACGGACACCAUUGAUAGGAUCAUCCAAGUUAUGAAACAUGAAGCCUACGGAGAGUGCUACAAAAUGCGCUGCCUAGAAAUUGAAGGCCCAGCUGGUCCCAAGGGUUUCCGAGGACAAAAGGGUGCAAAAGGAAACAUGGGAGCCCCCGGAGUGGCUGGUGUGAAAGGACGACAGGGUGACCCAGGAAUUGAAGGACCAAUCGGACAUCCCGGUCCCAAGGGAAUUCAUGGGCUAAAAGGAGAAAAGGGUGAAUUUGGUGGAGACGGCCGAAAGGGGGCCAGUGGCUUAGCUGGAAGGAACGGCACAAAUGGACAGAAGGGCAAGCUUGGACGUAUUGGAGCUCCUGGCUGCAAAGGCGACCCAGGGGACAGGGGUGCCGAUGGCUAUCCUGGAGGUGCGGGGGAUCAAGGACCGCCAGGAGACGGAGGAGUAAAGGGUUAUCCUGGCCGACCUGGCCGUAGCGGACCACCAGGGCCUCCUGGAGAAAGAGGAGGCAGGGGACCGAAAGGAACCAAUGGAGCCCCUGGCAGCCCCGGCAUCAAGGGAGGCAAAGGUGGCCCUGGAACCGCUGGGCCAAAAGGAGAACCCGGCCGUCGAGGUGAUCCGGGCCCGAAGGGGACCCAAGCAAGUCCUGGAACCAAAGGAGAGAGAGGUGAUCCUGGUCCCGAGGGGCCACGGGGGCUAGCAGGAGAAGUUGGAAGCAAAGGAGGACGGGGGGAACGGGGGCUACCUGGCCCACGAGGACCACAAGGGAGUGUGGGGGAGCCGGGCAAGCCUGGUUCUCGAGGGGAUUCCGGCGAUGCGGGUCCAAGAGGUGACUCAGGCCUUUCAGGACCAAAGGGAGACCGAGGAAGACCUGGCUUUAACUAUCCUGGCCCCAGAGGACUCCCGGGUGAAAAAGGCGAGAAAGGUGUACAAGGACUGGAGGGUGGAAGAGGCGACUUUGGACCAAAAGGCCCUCCGGGUCCAAAAGGCGAGAAAGGUGAACCAGCUGAUGCUGGCCCAGAAGGUGAACCCGGACCCAGAGGACCUCCUGGGGAACCUGGCCCUGAGGUAAUCCAGCUACCACCAGGGUCCAAAGGGUCAGAUUGCGAUGUGAUGACCUACAUCCGAGAGACCUGUGGCUGUUGCGACUGCGAGAAGGUCUGUGGCCCCUUGGACAUCGUCUUCAUCAUAGACAGUUCAGAGAGCAUCGGCUACACCAACUUCUCCCUGGAGAAGAACUUUGUCAUCAACGUCGUGAGCAGACUCGGCUCCAUCGCCAAAGAUCCCAAAUCGGAGACAGGGGCCCGGGUCGGGGUGGUGCAGUACAGCCACGAGGGCACCUUCGAAGCCAUCCAGCUCAACGACGAGCGCAUCGACUCCCUCUCCAGCUUCAAGGAGGCGGUGAAGAGGCUCGAGUGGAUCGCGGGGGGCACCUGGACGCUCUCCGCCCUCCAGUUCGCCUACAACAAGCUCAUCAAAGAAAGCCGGCGGGAGAAAGCCCGGGUCUUUGCCGUGGUGGUGACCGACGGGCGCCACGACCCCCGAGACAACGACUCCCACUUGCAGGCCCUCUGUGGCGGGGACGUCACCGUCACCGCGAUCGGGAUCGGGGACAUGUUCCACAAGGCCCAGGAGGACGAGACCCUGACGUCCAUCGCCUGCGACAACGCCGGCAGGGUCCAGAAGAUGAAGCUGUUCACGGAGCUGGUGGCCGAAGAGUUCGUCGACAGCAUGGAGCACGAGCUCUGCCCAGAUCCUCAGAUUGUCUGUCCCGAAUUGCCCUGCCAGACAGCCGAGCUCGCUGUUGCUCAGUGCACACAACGGCCCGUCGACGUUGUCUUCCUCCUGGACGGCUCUGAAAGAAUUGGCGAGCUGAAUUUCCAGAGGGCCCAUGACUUUGUAGAAAAUGUGGCCCGCCGCCUCACGCUGGCCAGAAGUGACAACGAGAACAUGAAUGCCCGCAUGGCCCUCCUACAGUAUGGAAGCGAGAAUGAACACGCGAUAGUGUUCCCGUUGACGUACAAUCUCACGGACAUCUCUGAUUCUAUAGCCCAAAUCAAAUACUUGGACUCUUCUUCCAACUUGGGGUCCGCCAUCAUUUAUGCUGUCAACAACCUUGUCAUCAACCCGAGAGACAGGGCUCGAGGAGCCCGGCGCAAUGCCGAGCUGUCCUUUGUCUUCAUCACAGACGGCAUCACGGGCAACAAAAAUCUGGACGAGGCCAUCGACUCCAUGAAGAAGCAGAAUGUCGUACCCACCGUGGUGGCCUUAGGCAGUGAUGUGGACAUGGAUGUUCUGCUGAAGAUCGGUCUAGGGGACCGGGCGGCCAUCUUCCGGGAGAAGGACUAUGCCAGCCUCUCCCAGCCUGGUUUCUUUGACAGAUUCAUUAGGUGGAUCUGUUAGCUUCAGGGAAAUGCCGUCUCCCAUCAUGCACCACAGAUAUUAAUGUUCUUAAAUUGUUGUACGGCACAAGCUGUCCAAGGGCAGCUGCUCAGAAAUCUGCAAGGGGUUUAUUUUUAUAGCCAAAAACCUGUAGGCGUAUUUUUAAAAUUUCAUCGUGAUGAAAAGUCAUGCUUAUGGUGCUAAUUAAAACCAAGACAGAGAAAGGAUCCAGAACCCACCCGGGGUGAUUUUGUCAUGUGUAUAAAGCUUUAGUCUGUUUAAACAGUUUUUGUACCGUAAUCCUCUAAGUACUAAACAAAGAAACAGCAAAGGAUUUUGUAUUCGACGCCAUGGUUGCUUCCACUCUAGGAGCAUGCUCAGUAUCUGUAAAAGUGGAAUUAAAUUGGCUCCACAUAGCACAAUAGCACAUCCUGUUCUAUAUAAAAAUCCAGUCAUGCCCAUCUCCAUGGGAAAGACCCUACUAUAUGUUUACUCAGGAGUAAGUUUUAUUCAGCAGUUGCCCAGUGUCUCCCUGCAACUCUCUCUUUGUGUUCUGUUUCAUCUCUCUUGGUUCUUGCACAGUUGUCUCCACUACUCAGCUUCAUUAGUUAUUUCCCAUUCACUGGAAUUAGCUGUGGCAUUCCUAAACUAAACUUUAAUGUUCCUUAAAUUACUGCUUUGCUCUUUGCAGCCAAAGCAAAUGUUCAUUUUAAUUUUAUUUUUUUAAAAUUCCUUUUCAUGAACAUCGUGCAGUCAUGCAUGUUUAAAAAGAAAUAAACGGCUGCUUUGGCUUCAAAGAGAAAUAGGGGCUAAAAACUAAUUAAAGAUCAAUUUCGGAAUGCUUAGCUACUCGGGUGAACAGGAAGCAGAGUAGUAGGCAAUGAUAUAUCAAACAAAGAGUGAAGAAGCAAAUUUUAAAGGGACAGUAACCUUUGGAUGCCUUCAUAGCACUUUGCCUGUCAGUAGUACCUGUAUUUGUGCUUUAAGUUUAAAAAAAAACAAUCAGGUCUGAAAUAUAGUCACACAAAAACAGUGCAGAAAUCACUGCAACACAAGGGGUUAGCAAUGAUGUCAUCUGAAUUCUCCACAAAAACGGAGCGUAUGGAUUGUGCCCCUGCCAGGUUAAACAGCUAGAAUGGACGUCAUCACAGAGGAAUCCUUUCUAGCUGCCAGUAGAUUCCUCUCCCUCCCCUCUAUUUCUGAAGCUCUACUCCUUUAUUGGCAGGCAGGGAUAAUUUAAUUUUUUGCUCUGAUCCAGGUGCUAAUGGUUCCUAUCUUCCUUAGGAGUCCAAAGUGGACAUAGCAACAGGAAGUCUUGUGACCAGCUGUGGGUGCCGGACUCCAGCUUGUGCCACUCGCGGACACCUUGCCCUCCUUCCUUUCUCACUGUUGUUCAGUGGCUGCGGCUCAAAGAAGAACAAGGUGUGCACGGGAGAGCAGUUUAUUCGGCCUCUUAGAUCCCAACACGUUUUGCGAUAAGCUUUGUCAGGAGAUCUCAAGCAAGAACUUCUCUGGCUCCUCAACUCUUCUCCCUUGCAACUUGUUCUUUUUUCACUGGUUGGGCUGCAGCCAUUUCCUCAUAGCAAGAGACAGCAGGGAAUCAUUCCCUAUGCUGAGGAAAUGUGGUUCGCCUCGUAUGCCGAUGCUGUGUUGCUUCCAAUGCAGAUGGCAGCACACGGAUCAGGUGGUAUUGCCUUCUGGCUUCCCCUGUGGCUCCAUCGCCACCACAUUUUGUGGUUUACCUUUUUGCAACAAAGCCAGGCGUUCCUUAGCUAUUUCGCUUCAGGCUCUAGUUUUCUCUUCCCCAAUCACAAUACUCUCAGUCUGGAUCUGAACUGGGCCACAGGCAGAUUUUCUGAUCUGAGCUUUUGGCCACCAUGCCCUUUUAUCGUAGGCAAGCUACCUGUGGAAAAUAGGUCUCCCCCUUC